AUGGAAUUUCAGGAAGAUAUCCUUGGGGAGAUCAUUUCCCGCUUGCCCUUGAAGUUUGCUGUUCAAUGUAAACUUCUAUCGAAGAAUUUUAAUCAUAAGAUCUCAUCAGAAUUUGCCCAAAUUUUGUUCCAACGUCAUAAAGACACUUCAACACAACUCAUAUAUUCAAAUUAUGAUGAGAGAUUAUUCAGUAAAUUCUCCUUAAACCCAAUCACUCGAUCUGUGACGACUUCAUCCUAUGACUCUGAGAUUUUGGACAUAUGUAAUGGUCUGAUUCUCUUUGAAUUUGAACUAACUAUGACACCAAGUAGAUGUUGUUGUGUUUUCAAUCCCAUAACUGGCGCACACCAGUUGAUACCAUUCCCAAAGUCGCCUGAAUUUGAGUUGGAAACAACAGGCCUAACGGUUGAUUACCCGAAUUCAGAUCAAUACAAAUUGGUAACCAUCAGUGAGGUGGUUGAAAAUUCCAGCUUGUUCUACAAAUUUCACCUACUUUCAUCAGAGCAAUCUGGCUUGUGGCGUGAAAUCCAACUGAGAACCAAUACUUUCAUAUCUUUCUCCGAUAAUCCAUCUGUUUAUUGGCGCGAUUCUCUGUAUUGGCUCAGAAGUGAUGGUAGUGUUCUAGCUUUUGAUACAAAGAAAGAAGAGGCUAUACUCAUUGACCGUCCUGAGUUUAUUGAUCAUUAUGUUCUCAGCUACGGUAAAAUUUUGACUAGUAAGGAUAUGAGUGGUAGCGAUAUAUGGCUAGGGAGGGCACAAGGUUUACUUACCCAUGUAUGCAUUUUCAGAAUGUACAUAGUCAUUGGCACUUGUGACAGUGCAAGCAGCCGUUGGAUGGUUUCCCAAAUUUUGGACAACUUCAUUUCUGGUCUGGACGGCAUUGUUAUUGGCUUUCCAGUAUGGAUCGACACCAAGCAAGUGUCUUUUCUGGUACAGAGUAACUCGCCAGGGUAUCAUGAUCUAUACGAGUAUGAUGCAAAGAUCAACGGGUACAAAAAUGCUGCAGUGUUGGACAAAGUUGAUUAUCCCGAGUAUAUCUUCCAUCCAACGUUAGCUUGUGUCCAUAAGUCGCCCUCACGUAAUGUAACCGCUGCUUAUCAGGUAUAUAUUGCUGCAAAUUUGUAUGACAUCAAAAGAUUUAUUAUCAAAGGUACCUGUUAG